AUGGCAGCAAAAUGUAAAUACCGUGCCCCCACCGGGGUAUUUUGGUCAUUCUGCGUACAGGCGUAUAAAAACCAACACCUCCCGUGGACAGCUCCUCCCGCACUCGUGCAGCAUCCCGAUCCUUUUCCUCGCGUAGCUCCCUCUCCUUCCCAUCCCAACCCUAGCCGCCGCUACCUAGCAGGCCCUGCGGCCGCCGCCGCGCUACCCUCCUUUCCUCCCCGUUCCUCUCCAGCCGCCGAGCUCGCCGCCACCGCUGCACUCCGGCCAGAUCCGCUCCUCACGGCUGCGAGCACUCGCGCGCGACCCCUCCCCGUGGCUAGGGUUUCGGCCGCCUCCAACUCCGGCGAGCCACCAUCCUCCCAUGGACGAGGACGACCACCACGGCCCGCACAUGGUCGAGCUCGCCGUCGUCUGCUCCGGUGCGGUGCUGGGCCAACGACCUCCGCUUCUCUUCUCCAUGGACAAACUUCAAAAGGCAACAGCAAGCCAUAUCAAGGGAGGGGAUUGAAGUCACCCCACUUCAAAUCCAUGGGCGCCAUCCACAAGAACCGGACAUCUUGGCACUGUUGUUGGCGGAGGGCGACGUAG